GCGACGGGGCAGGAAGGGAGGAGGUCGUCGUGCCAUUCUUAAAGGGGCCCCAGGGAAGGCGAGAGGCUGCUGACGGCCGGAAGGAAAAUGAGUGAGUCUUUGGUGGUUUGUGAUGUUGCUGAAGAUUUAGUGGAAAAGCUGAGAAAAUUUCGUUUUCGCAAAGAAACGAACAAUGCUGCCAUCAUAAUGAAGAUUGAUAAGGAUAAACGCCUGGUGGUACUGGAUGAAGAGCUCGAGGGCAUUUCACCGGAUGAACUUAAAGAUGAACUGCCUGAACGACAACCUCGCUUCAUUGUGUAUAGUUAUAAAUACCAACAUGAUGAUGGAAGAGUUUCAUAUCCUCUGUGCUUUAUUUUCUCCAGUCCUGUUGGAUGUAAGCCUGAACAACAGAUGAUGUAUGCUGGGAGUAAGAAUAAGUUAGUCCAAACAGCUGAACUAACCAAGGUAUUUGAAAUAAGAAACACCGAAGACCUAACUGAAGAAUGGUUACGUGAGAAACUUGGAUUUUUCCACUAAUGUGAACUUCUGUGUUUCUAAAGUAUUUAUGUAUUAACCUGACCAUACUGGAACCAGACAUAAAUACUUAUGCCUAAAAAUGCACUGUUACUUACAGUUUGUUUCCUGCAGUAAAGAAAAAUUCUUCGUUUGUUCAAAGUUUGAACAAAGGGGAAAUCAUCUUCAUAGUAAUGAAACUUUGUAAAGUGUUUCCUUAUAUUUGUAAUUGUUAGGUGGACUACUUCUCUCCAGGGACUUUUUGCACUCUUGUGACUAAUUUCUAUAACUUAUGGUUCAGAAUUUGUUACUAUUUACAGACACUAUUGGAAAGUGGGUAUUAGAUUGUGAUAGACAACAGUUGCCUCCUUUUGACAAAUACUGGAUAUUAGCAGUUUAUAUAUGAAAAUAGCGUAUUAUCACUUGUCAAAUCUUUGAAAUUAAUUUGGGGUAAAAGACUUGAAUGACCCAAUUUUGAGCCAUGAAAAGUAAUUUACUGUAGUAUAAUCUACAUUACAAGUACAUUUUUCAUCAGUUCAUGCCUUCUCUGGUUUCCUGUAUCUUUUUAAUCAAGUCCAGAAACUUUGUUCAUCAGCCGUUCAUUCUUAAGGUCUGGGAGUUAGAUGUUAUAAUAGUUAUGACUAUUAGGUUUUCUUCUUAAUAGAAAAUAGCAUCUUAGUCUUGGAAAUUGAUAGGUUGGAACUAAUCAAGGGCUUCAUUCCUGGUUGUGUCAUAGCUAGAUAGUUUUGGAUCUAGGUUGAUAACACUUUAAUUAUAAAGCACCUCUCAGUGUUGUCCUGUGAACACUAGUUACUUUAAGUGUGUUAAUACUGUGCCUUUGAUUUGUUAGCUUUAAAGUUAGUUUAAGACUUUUACACUGCCAGUAUUCCAGAUUUGGUGAAAUUAAUACUUUUGUAAAGGGUCCAAGUAAAACAAUUUUCUAAAUGUGUUUAUCUGAAAUUUGUAAUAAAAUCAACUUCAUAUUUUUAAAAUUCCAACUAUCUGCUUGCAUUGGUGAAUAUAUGGCAGUUGAGAGUUGUAACUUUGGGUAUAUUUAUGAUUAGUUUCGUGCCAUAGGAAAAAUUAUUUAUCUUAAAACCUUGGCCAGAGUUAAUAACAUUAACACAUCAAUAGAAAUUGCAUCUUCUAUCCUAAAUGUCAGAAGAUAUUCUACACUGUACGUCAGUCUUGUUGGCAUCUUUGGCAUGAAGCAAGGAUUCUAAUAUGUAGUGUAUUUUAACAACAUGUAAGUAAGUGUUGAACUUAAUUUGACAAACAGUGUUGAGACUCUAAAGACUAAUAAAAUUUGGUGAGCAGAUUCUUAUAUUAAGAAUGUCUUAGUCAUUUCAAAACUAGAAAGGCAUUUUUUUUUAUGUUGGCAUAUUUUCCAUUCAUCCAUUCUUUGCAUUUUCUUUUUGAGGUUUCUGUGCCAACUUUAAUAAAGAGGUGAAGAUAGUUGGAAUUUCCACAAUAUUGAAUCUUCUGUUGCCAGUGCUGUUUGGCUUCACUAAUCUAAAAAACAGGAAGCAGUAGGAAGUUAGUUGGAGAUGAGGAAGUGCUAGAGUGGGCAUUUGUUUUGGUUAUCGAAUGGGAAAGAUUCUCUAUUCCAAUUUCUGGAGAGAGAGAGCGAGAGAGAGAGAGAGAAAGAGAAGGAGAGAGAACUUUACCCAGGAAGUUUAUGAAUUCUUUAAACAGCUGAUAUUGGAGAAUAAUGCUUCUAAUUCUGUAGAAAUGCAGAUAUAACCCAAGUGAAUGGAGAGUGUUUUUAAUGUUUUUAAAUGAAGGAAAUGAGAUUUCGUUUCACCUGGUUUGCAGCAGUAAGAGAAACUAGUGCUGCAAGAAUGUAUUUUUUAAUGAGGUUCCUUUUUUGUCUUGCCUGUUUUUGUUUUUUUUAAACUGAAAGUCCUCACUGACCUCCAUAAACAGAACUGAGUUCCCCUGUUCUCUAACAGGGGCAAAGAGCUAUGAUAAAUCAUGCUUUUUUGACCUUGGUUGAUGCCUUGUCUAUAAUAUGUAUUUUACAAGACAGUAAAUAAGACUGGGGAAGCAGUAGAAUGUGUUUUUACUCCCUCUGUCCUCUAGGGAGACUUCUAAAUUGUAUGCUCCAGAGUGUUCUCAGACUUUUAUAUAAAUUUCCUUCCCAUCUAAUCAAAUUUUUGCAUUGUUCUUUUCAAGUAUAUUUCUAUUUGCUCUCUUUUUCUGCCUUCUCUCAAAAAGUAACUCCAGAUUUGACAAUUGCAGUUUUUACAUUCCAUAGCUUUCUGGUGCAGCUAUUCUCAUUCAUAUCUUAAUCUUUCCCUGUUGGCAUCAGCUUUUUUUCCUGGGAACCUCCUUCAUGGUCUUCUAAGUCAGCAUUAGUUUUGAAAUUGUUGGCCUUGCAUAAUAAGUUCUGCAUAGCAUCUAAUGAUAGAGCCAGCUAGUAAUUCUAGCAUGUGUUUAGUAUGGUUUUUGUGGCAGCAUAACUGACAGAUGAAGAAAACUGUUCUCAGGUUACUAUGCUGAAAUUCCAAAAUGUCAUUUUGAGUAGUAUUCACUUCAUUCUGGUAUUGAAGCAAUCAUGUUAGGAGAAAGGUUGUUAGACUGUUUUUGUUUAAUUGACUUCUAAAAUAAAUGUUCAAAUUGUCUGUUUCUAAAAAGUUUACCAAAUGCCUAGUACAGUUAAACAUACUCUUGUUUAAGAGGGUGUUGCUAAAUUUUUUAUUAUCAUUACUAAAUAAUCUUUGUAGCAAAAUGUCUGUCAGCACUUUUCUGUCCCCUUUUAUCUCCUAUUUUCAGGAGUCACAUGUAGCCAUAAACUGUAUCUUGGUCCGACACUUUAACUAAAAAUUUCCAGUUAGAGGAGUUUAUUGCCAAAUUAAAUUUGGCUGUCUUUAUUCCCCACGUAUAUAGAUAGUAAGGAAGGUAUACUUAAAAAAAUGUUUGGACUCCUUUAAAACCUGAGCAAUGUCAUUAAUCCAUAAUGUGGACUAGUGAUGAAUAGAUAUUUUCAUAAGAGUUUAAAUGCUGAUAUUUGGUGGAAGUAGAGAGUAACUUGUAUUCUAUCAAUUCAAAUAUUCUUAGUACGGUUGCUUUCCCUGUUUGUUCAAUAGACUGAUAAUACUGGAAUCUACAGAAUUUGAGCCUUUACAACUUAUGUGAAGAAGUGUCUCAAACAUUUCUGGACAAAUCUCAUUUUGUAUUUCUGGAAGAAUGUAAAUCUUAUAGGCCACUUAACAUCAAUGGUCCCAAGUUGAAUAUUCUUGAGAAAUUUGUUUCUUGUUAUGCCAUUUGACAUUUCAAAUCCGUGACCAUGUUCCUGUUAAUAUUCAAAACAACUAUGUUAAGGUUGUGAUAGAAACUGUGUUUUCUUGCUUUUUGGAAUAUAGUUCAUACACGUAUAUUACUUGAAUAUUGUUUGAGAUCACUAACUUGCCAGGGCAGUUCCCACUGAUCUAGAUGGUCCAAUAUAAUCUCAUUCAGGAGGCUUGAAACAUUAAUGGUUUAGUCUUGUGAACUUUAACAGUUCCCUGUCAUCAUUUAACAAAAUCAACAACUGGCACAACUUCUUAAGCUGUGAUUUCAGUCUCUGCUAGUUCAUAUUGCAUGUUUAUUUUGGACAGUCUUCUGUUAAGCAUGGUGCUUGUACUGGUUUAAAUAAAAUGUUAACAUGAAAAGGCUUCCGGCUUUUCUUUUUUUUUCUCACCUCCUCUGCCUUUUAGAGUUACUUUUACCUGCCUGGCUCAGUUGUGGUCUUUGCAUGAGCCACACAGAUUCAGUUUACUUUCUCUGGAAAAACUGAAAGGCAAAAUAAACAGGAAUCACUUGGCAAAAAUAGGAUGGGUGAAGGAGAAUGUAACAAGAUUAUAAAAAUUUCUAAAACUUGGUCUGAUGCUAAAAUGAUUGUAGUGGCAGGGGGCGUUCUUUUCUUUCUUUUUUUAAUGUUUAUUUUUGAGAGAAAGAGUGUGAGCAGGGGAGGGGCAGAGAGAGGGAGACACAGAAUCUGAAGCAGGAUCCAGACUCUGAGCUGUCAGCACAGAGCCCGAUGUGGGGCUCAAACCCACAAACCAUGAGAUCGUGACCUGAGCCGAAGUCGGAUGCUUAACCAACCUAGCCACCUGGGUGCCCCCAGAGCCCCCUCUUUCGGAGGGUUGGUUGGUUGGUCAGGUUUUUCUGGGUUCUACCCCUAUCAGAAACCCUCCAUUACUUAUUUUGUUUACUUGCAUGCAAAGGUACCUAAUUCUAGCACAACCUCUGGUUUCACCUACCACGAUUCCCUACAUUUACACUCCAGCCUAAUGGAACACCCUUCUUUCUUGGGCACAUGCUCUGGGCCACAUCCCCUACCAGCACCCUCCACAUGCUGCUGCUGCCUGUCAAAAAUAACAAUCUUCAAUAAUGAUCUCAAAUGUCAUUUGAACUAUGAAGUCUAUUUGUCAAACUAAAUAUAGUAACUUCUUUAGGAAAAUAAAACACAAAACUUUUAUUAAACCAGUAUCAUUAGAGAAGGGUGCCUGGGUACCUCAGUCAGUUAAGUGUUUGACUCUUGAUUUCGGCUCAGGUUGUGAUCUCACCAUGGUGAGACCAAGCCCUACAUCAGGCUCUGCUGAGUGUGGAGCUUGCUUAAGAUUCUCUCUCUCUCUCUCUCUCUCUCUCUCUCUCUCUCUCUCUCUCUUUCUCUCUCUCUCUCUCUCUCCCCCCUUCUGCCCCUCCCCCCCCAUGUGCAUGCGCAUGCUUUCUCUGUCAAAAAAUUAAAAAAACCAAUACCAUUAGAGAAAAAUUAGAAAAUACAAACAAGCAGGGUGCCUGGGUAGCUUAGUUGGUUGGGCGUUUGAUUCAGCUCAGGUCAUGAUCUCACAGCUCAUGAGUUCAAGCCCCGCGUCAGACUCUGUGCUGACAGUUCAGAGCCUGGAGCCUACUUCAGAUUCUGUGUCACCCUCUCUCUCUGCCCCUCCCCCACUUGUGGUCGGUCUGUCUGUCUCUCACUAUCUCUCAAAAAUAAACAUUAAAAAAAAUACAAACAAGCAAAAGGAAGAAAACAUCUGCUCCAAGAAAUCCAUUGUGAUGUGUUUGGUUAUCGGUUUCUCUGUAGGAGGAAUCCUCUGGCCCCACAGUUUUUCUGGGAACCCUAAAGAAUUAUGGAAUUAUAUUCUUUUUUUUUUUAAGUUUAUUUAUUUUGAAAGAAUGAGAAAAAGGCAGAGAGGGAGAGAGAAUCUUAAGUAGGCUCCACGCUGUCAGUGCAGAGCCCCAAAUGGGUCUUGAUUUCAUGAAUCAUGAGAUCAUGAUCUGAGCAGAGAUCAAGAGUCCAACGUUUAACAGACUGAGUCACCCAGGCACCCUGUAACUCAUUUUUUUCAGGUAAUAAAAAUUCCAGUCUAGUCUAACGUCAAAAAU